ACGUGAAAAAGCAGAAAAGUUGCAGAUUAUUACCAGAAAUUAGCUCCAAACUCAAGAUGUUUGCUUUGUCAAGUGUUUUUGCGUAUGUAAUCGGGAAAUAUAAGAUACCAUCCUCAGCUGUAUUUGGAUGCCCGAAACAUGCAUCAUACCAGAAUUCUGGUCAGCUCCUGGAGAUGGCAAAGUCUAUUAUACCACCACUAUCCAACGACCAGCAUAAGGGCAUGAUGGGAAGGAUAGGAGUUGUUGGAGGAUGCCAGGAGUACACUGGUGCCCCAUACUUUGCAGCUAUUUCCUCUCUGAAAAUGGGAGCUGAUCUGUCCCAUGUAUUCUGUACACAAGACUCAGCAAGCGUAAUUAAGUCCUACAGUCCAGAACUCAUUGUACACCCAAUACUUGAUUCUGAUGAUGCGUUGAGCCAAAUGGAGGAAUGGCUUCCGCGAUUACAUGCCAUUGUCCUCGGCCCAGGUUUGGGAAGAUCUGCUAUAAGUAUGAAAAAUGCCACAGCCAUCAUUGAGUUUGCUAAGAAGAGAGAAAUCCCUCUGGUAAUAGAUGCUGAUGGCUUGUACCUAUUACAACAAAACCCUGGAAUCAUUUUUGAGUACACAAAAGCCAUCCUUACUCCAAAUGUGGUGGAGUUCAACAGACUUUAUGAAAAAGCAAUGGAUGGCGAAAAACAGCAGGAAAACGAUCCUAUCCUCAAUGCCAAGAUGCUCAGUAAGAGGUUAGGUCAUGUGACCAUUGUAAAGAAGGGCGAGAAUGACAUUAUCACAAAUGGCAAUCAUGUGUUGGUGUGUGGUGCAGAGGGUAGUCCAAGGAGGUGUGGAGGUCAGGGUGACCUUCUCUCUGGUACAAUGGGGACCUUGACCCACUGGAGCCACAUGAUCAGUCAGGAAGGCACCACCAAUGAGCUGGUUCAGGCAUUUGGCCCCACUAUAACAGCUGCUUACACAGCCUGUCUCCUAACCCGACAGUGUAGCCAGCAAGCCUUCGCACAGUGUGGACGCUCCAUGACCACCUCAGACAUGAUCGCUCAGCUACCUAAAGCCUUCAACCAGUUGUACCUCUAGUGCAGCUUCUGGCUGGGUCUGGAAUGUGGAGUACCUUAUGAAAAAGAAUUUUUAUAGAAGAUGUAGACGUUUUUGAACCAGACCAGACUGUUUUUCCUG